GCCCGCCAGGGGCCCUGUCACUUAGCAGCGAGUGGUGAGUAGACAGACUCUCAUUAAAUCCUGGUGAACCGACUGACCAGCUGACAGAGGUCCGAGGAGGCACGUUGCCUCAGGCCCAGCCACUGGUCUGGCCAGGUGUCCCCAGGUGCUUCCUCUUGUCUGAUGGGCACCGCCCUAAUGGCCCCCAAACUGCGGGGGCCCUAAGACCUCUACCUCUCUGGGCCCAAGGUAUCCUCUCCAGGAGACAGAGAGGCCAGGUUCAGUUAGGGUUCGAACCUACUGCAGAGGAGGUGAGAGGACGCCGCACACCCCAGAGGUGAGGGGCCACAGCGGGGGGGGGGGUGCUCCAGCAGGGAAGGGAGAAAGGGGAGUCAUCCUCAGAGCGGCAGAGUCCCAAGAUGAGGAGGGCAGCUGGCGCCCCCCUCCGGGGCUCCCUCAGUGCUCCCUAUAGGGUUUUAGAUGACUUAGGAGGGUUCUGUCAGCACCUGGCUGGUCGCGGGGGGGGGGGGUAGUAGGGCCCGCACCCCAGGCCUGGCCACAGCACCCGGUCCCUCCAGGGCCUCCUCCCGUGCCAGGGGGACCCAGGUCUGUCAUCUCCCACCCCAGGCCCCUGGGCCCCUCUCUCCUGGAAGCAAGGCCACAGGCUCCCCUCCCUGAAAAUCAUAAACUAUAAAUCGGAGACACACUUGGUUCCCCGAGCAGGCCCCCUCCCGCCCUCCUGCCGUCAUUCCUGGCAGGCGGACCAGUGAGCUCACUCAUUACAUAAGGCAUGUGAGCUAUUUCUUGGGGGCAGGAGCUCCCCCUGCACGGGGCUCCGUUUCCCCUCUCCAGCUCCAACCACAAGCCAAGGGGGUCUGGGCCUAAGAGGCAAGACCCCCAUGUUCCCAGGGCCCCCUCACCCCGUGCGGGAGGAGGGGCUGCUCAGCCCAGGUCCCAGCCCCCACCCCUCCAGGAACAGGAGACCGAAGGUCCUCCCUGAGCGGCACCCGGAGGGCGGCGGGCAGCGACCCAGCCCCAGCCAGGUCUCAGGCAUGAGGGAAGGGGUCCCAAGGGCAUCACUGGCUGCUGCGUUUCAGUCACGGCUCCCAGGACGGGCACAGGCGUUCCUCUCUCUCUGGAUUGGGGGUCGCUCCCGCUGGCACCCCCCCCCCGGCCCCAUCUGGUGCUCUUGGCCCCUCGGAGGACACCUGGAUCAUCCGAGGGCCCCAAGCCCAGCGACAUUUCAGCCAGGACGUGUGCUCCUGGGAGGAGAGGCAACCAGCUAUCACUUUGCUCAGAACAGAGGACCCCCAGGGAAGGACCCCGGGGUGGGGUGGGGGGGUGGAAGGAGCCCCAGCAGGACAGCCAUGUUUCCCGGAGGUGGGCCCCAGCCCAGGGAGCCCUCCGCUAGCUGCUGGGGGUCCUCCCAGGAGCCUCCGGCCUCAGCUGUUGGGGGACAGGGGCCCAGGGACCUCGGACCCCCUGCCGCACUUCCGUGACCGACAGGGACUGAGGGUGACCCGUGAGGACACGGCUUGAAGGGACGGACGGGCAACAUGUGCAGGGCAUCUGGGGGGCAGGCAGCGAGGAGCAGGGCAGGGCCGCUCCCCGCCUGGAAGGGGGGUCGUGGACGCGGGUGGGGUGGGCGUGCGGGCCGCCUGCGCCGUCUGCCCCGUGGUGGGGGGCUCCUCGGCGGGGUGUGGGGAGGGGACGGGGUGCGAAGCCCCCGUCCCCUCCCCACCCCCCCGCUUGGCCCUGCCUGCAAGAAGUCGGGAGGACACCCAGCCACUCGCCGCCCUGCCCGCCGCCCGGAGGGAGGCCUGUGCGGCGCUCAGGGCUUCCAAGGCGCCUCGCUGCGCCCUGCGAGGGGACAGGGGACAGGGGACAGGGGACAGGGCUCUCGGGCGGCGGGGACGCGGGGAGCCCGCAGGCCGGAAACAAGACCACGGCUCCUUUCUUUUCAGAGACUCGAUUUCUUGGAACGCACACCCUUCGGGUUUGCUAUUUUUACCCGCCCCAGCCUUCCGGUCUCCAUGGCGACGCCUCCAAACAGCAGAUUCCAGGCGGCAAUGACGUCACCUUUCCCCUUCCUGCCGCCCAGGCCUCCGGGCGCUGCCGGGCCGACCCCGUCGCGCGCCCCCCUGCGCCCCGGCCGGGCCCCCACCCCCCUCCCCUCCCCCGGCCGUGGGGUCCCCCGCGCCCCCGCGCCCCUGCCCGCCCGCCGGCGGGGCCUUGGGGGGCCGCGCCGCCCGUCCCCGCGGGGCGGCUGUGCUGGAGCCCCCGUGGCAGAGGGCACGGGCCCAGGGCGGCCCUCCCUCCCGCUCCGGGAUCCCUGCCAUGCGGGCCGCCCUGUGGGAGCUGCGCGGGCCCUCGCGGCCGGGGAGGCAGGGGCAGGCCGGCGCCAGGCCUCGCUGGCCGCGGGGGUAGCAGCCCGUCUGGCCUGGGAAGCCCCUGCCGCUCCCUCGUCGGAAACCGGUGACCUACGGCAGAGGGGCUCCGAGGUGGCGGGAGAGCCGCAGGGGCCCGUGGCCUGGUCGUUUGAGCCCCUGCCGCUGUGCCCCUGGGCGUCCGAACCCCCUCCCGCAUGGUGGCAGUCCUGUCCGGGCCUGUCGUGGGCCAUGCGCUGCACACCUGGGUCCUGAUCGGCAGUGGAGCCGUGCGGCCUCUGCCCCUGGGCCCGGGUAUCCUACCGGGGGUCAACGGCCGCGCCCGUGUGGGCCAACACUUUACCCAGCUGUCCCUGUAACGCCCAGCCUGAGCUCAGUCCUCGGCCCAAACCAAGCACAAGGACACUUGGGGCUGGAGGGCCAGCCAUGUGCGACUGGGGUCCGGUGGGAGCGAGGGCUACCCGGGUCACCGCCCCCCACCUCCCGUGAAACACCCUCCCCCUCCCCCCUCCGGGUGUUAGCGCCACACUGUGGACUCACUUUCUCCACAGUGGUUGAGGAGUCUCCUCGGUGGCUCGUGGGGUAGGAAGCGCUGCGUGGGGUGGGGGCACCACAGCCCUGCUGUGGCCUGCUGGGGUGCGGGGGUGCUGGGGGGCCCCACCCCCACCCCGAAGCAGGGCCCGCCCCUCCCCAGCAGCCCAAGGGGCGGAGACAAAAUAACCCUCGGCCGCACCCCCAGCAGCCUCCCCCACCCAAAGCAGAAGCUGGGCCUGAGGUUCAGAGAGGGGAGCAGGACAGGCAGGGCAGAGGCGGCACCGUGGCCGGCUGGGGGCCGGUCGGAGAGUCGGGGCCACGCUGCAUCGGGCCAGCGUCCAGAAGGGCAAAGAAGGCGCUUAUAGCAGCUACACCGUCGGCUGCGGUCUCUGCUCCCAGAAACGGUAUUGAAACAAGGUGGUUUCGAGGCUCACAUUCCUGCCCUCCUGCUCGAUGCGAGGUACGAAGCCCCAACUCGCCCCUGUCUGACGUGGGCAGGCGCGCUCGCAGGCCCGGGCACGAGGCAGGCAGGUGGGCCGCCCGUCUCCAGAGCCCUGCACAGACGCCUUCACAGAAAGGUGUGCAGAGAAGCGGCCAGCCCUGCAGGUGGGCCUCGUGACCCACCCCACCCCCGCGAGCCUGUCUGUCCUCAGGCUGUGUCCCAGGGGCCCUGCCCGUGCUGGGGGCCCCAGGCAGGCGGCUGGGCCCCCUGGAGUGGGGGUGGCUCUAGCCGGGGUGGACGGGGUUGUCCACUUAAGCACCCACUCCGGCGGGCUCCGUCCAGACAGAAGACAGGAAGGGGUCACUGGGUCUGGGGAGCUGUUGGACACUGAGGGCCCUGAGAGCAGGCUUCAUGCGGAGGGUGUGAAAUUUGAGGACAAACAGCUCGUGGCCCCGGAGCAAGCGGAGUCCGGGCACCCCCGGCACCCGCGGGCAGUCCUGUCCGUCUGCCCUUCUGCCUCUCGCUCUUUAACAACACAGGCUCCUGGGACCACCACUGCCCCUACCCUUUCUUCCCGACUUGACCGUUUGGGCUCCUGCCAGGCCCCACGCGAGGCCCCUGGUCUGAGCUCCGGUCAGCCAGACGUGUCCUGCCCAGGCUGAUGAUCCAGGAGGAGGUCAGGGGGCUCUGGCCCUGAGGGGCGGUGGUGUCCACGGGGGAGACCCCAUGCCAGGCAUGAAUGUGGAAUCGAUUUCUUCCACCAAGUUUAUCAAGGACCUGUAUUUACUGAGAGAUGAGCAGGAAAAAGUUCUUGUUCUCAAGUGCUUACAGUUUCAUGAGAGACAAUGAAAAAUUAAAUUUCCAUGUGUUUUAUACGAGAUGGGGACACACAGUCCUACAAAGAGUAGACCGGAGUGAGGUAGAUGGGAUGCUGAGGGGGCUCCUUAUGAAGUCCAUUUCAACAAAGCCCUAAAAUGGGUAAGGAAUGAGCAUUCUGGGUGGAGAACAGCAGGUGCAAAGGCCCUGAGGCAGCAGCUCUGGUCAGGGUCCACGUGGAGGGUGGAGGGCAGUGAAGUAAGGAGGAGGAAGAGGUGCGGGAGGGUGGGCAGAUGACACUGAGCCUGCUGUUCACCCCCAGCAUUGCUCCCCCAGGGACAGGGUCCUAGGGGGUACUGUGUCGAGCCUGAGAGCCCCUCCCCCACCUCUGUCACUGACAGGCUGGGGCAGAACAGCUUCCGGGUGGGGCGAAGGGAAGGGAAGUUCAGCAAACAGCACCCCCUGCCUCCACUUUGCUGCUGGAAACACUGAGGACUGGAUACGGACAAUAGAUUCCGAGUGGCCGAGGCUACUUUUCUGAAUGCUGUGUCCCCAGGCUGGAGUGACAGCCAAGAGGAAGUCCCUCGCCUGGCCCUGGCCAGGCUCCUCCACGGUGCCUGGGCAGCCCCUCCCCACCCUGCUCAGGGACCCCCUGCCUGCUGCCCUGCCCGUGACUUUAGGAGUUGGCCAUGGGGCCGGAGGGCCUGGGUACGGGGUGCAGGCUGCCUGGCCCGCCACCCCCAGAGCCACCUCCCACAGCCCCACGGACACGGCAGGGAAGGUCCUGCGGCCACGGGCCUGGCAUUGGCCUCUGCCCAGCACCUUCCACAGACCGCCCCACCUCCAGGCCGAGCGCUGCCCAGAGGCUCUCAUCUCCUGACCUGGGAGGAGGGGCCGACAGGGGGACAAAGGCCGCGAUGGCAAGGGCAGGUCUGAGGAUGGGCGCAUCAGGGACAACUGACCAGCAGAGAGAGGACAGUGCCUGCAGGUGACAGCAGGGGAUGCCGGCGGAGGUGGCGAGGCCCAGGCUUCUGAGUGGCCAGCUGGGCCUGAAGGUGCCUCAGGGACUGGGGGGCCGGCUGUCUCCCGGGGCUGCCGCUCCAGCCAGGACCCCUCCCUCCGCAUCCUGGACUGAGGGCUGGAGAGUGACAGGCUGUGGACUGAGGGCUGGAGAGCAGGUGCCCCAGGAGCCAACUCAAGGACACCUCCAGGGAAGCGGAUGACAGCUUUCCAGGAGGAGAGCCCACGGCGCCGCCCACCCCGGCUCACGCUCAGGGUCGGCCGAAGAGUCCCGUCUGGGCCCCCUUUCGGCCGGCACCCCCGGAGGCUCUGGGGACACGGUGGGGGGCAGACGGCAGGCUGGUCCUCCCGGAAGGUAGCGGCACCCCCGGCCUCCCGCCCCCACUUGUGCGGUAAGAAAAGCCAGCAGCGGCCACCGGUGGACGGAGGGCCUGUGGAGGAGCUUCAGGUGGCUCAGGAAGGCUUCUUUGCGCGGGGGGCACCGGAGCAGAGCCCGAGGGUCAGCAGGGGGACCCCGUGGGGGGCAGAAGCCUGAGCCGGAGACACGGGGACACAGGCAGGGCCGGUGUGGCUGUGCAGAGGGCAUGGGCGCAGGACGGGGCAGGGGGCGCGGGACGCGGGACCUCACGGCAGUGACAAGGUUCUACGGGACGCUGGGACGGGGUGGGGAGGCUUGGAAGCAGGGCUCGGAAACUGGUCCCGGAGAGAGGUGGGGGCUUGGAAACGGGGCCGCCGUCUCUCCC